AUGGAGGCACUUGGGAAUUUGGCAUUAGACAGAGGAAGGAGGUAUGUCAAUUUGGAUGAUAAUCUCAGGUCGCUCGAAAGGAAAUUGCGAAGAUUAGUUGGCAGAAAGUCUGACCUCGAGUCGCAAGUGACAGAUGCAGAAAGGUCAGGUACUAAGAAAAGGAAAAGGGAGGUUGAGAUUUGGUUUGAGGAGGUAGCAACAGUAGAAAAUGAAUUCGGUGCUUUGAAAAAAUGCAUACAGGAGGGUGGAUUCCUAGAGAGAGCAAUUAGCAGUGGGGAUAGAGUGGCGGCAAUGGAUGGAACUGUAGAAGACCUUAUUGAGCAAAGUAAGCAUUUUGAUGGGCUUUGGCUUGAGGCUUUUGAGAGCAGGGGUGAGCCACGAGUGACAACAAAAUUAUUUGGAGAAAAGUUUGACAGAGGUUUGAAAGCAAUCUGGGAAUGGUUGGUCAUUGAUAGCAUCUCAAUCAUUGGGAUUUACGGGAUGGGCGGUGUGGGCAAGACUACAUUGGCGAAACACAUCCAUAAUCAUCUCCUUGAUAAAACUCAAUUCAGGGUUUGUUGGAUUACUGUCUCUCAAGAAUUCAGCAUUAAAAGGCUGCAAGAUGACAUUGCUAAAUGGCUAAGGCUUGAUCUGUCAAACGUGGGUGAUGAGGAUAGCAGGGCAGCCAUUUCUGUAGAUAUAUUUAGAAAAGCACUGAAGCAGUCUGUCCUCAUACUCGAUGAUGUUUGGCAAGAAUUUUCUUUUGAAAAGAUUGGAAUUCCUCUUGGUGCAAACAAAUGCAGAGUGAUCUUGACUACUAGAUCACUGGUAUUAUCCAAUAGGAUUAGCUGUCAAAGGGUAUUUGAAGCUAAAACUUUGGCUACAAAUGAAGCUUCGGAUUUGUUCAAACAUACACUCGACCCUAAGACAGUGCUUCGUGGAGAUGUGGAAGGUAUUGCCAAGUCCAUUGUGAAAGAGUGUGAUGGUUUGCCUCUUGGUAUUAUCACAGUGGCUGGGAGCAUGAGAGGUAUGAGCGACAUCUGUGAGUGGAGAAAUGCAUUGGAACAAUUAAAAGCAUGUUUGGUAGGGCAUGAUGAGAUGGAACGAGAUGUGUUUCCCAUUCUGGAAUGGAGUUUCAAUCGCCUAGAUAAAUAUGAAAGAAAUUGCUUCUUGUAUUGCUGUCUUUAUCCGGAAGAUUGGAAAAUAAAAAGAAAGGAACUAAUAGACCUAUUUAUUUGGGCCGAGCUGAUGCCAAAAUGGAACUCAAGGUCAGAAGCAUUUGAUCAAGGUCACACAAUAUUAAACAAACUGAUAAAAAUUUGCUUGCUAGAAAUAACUACAGAUUUCACAGGGAAUGACUGUGUGAAGAUGCAUGAUUUGGUCAGAGAUAUGGCAUUAAGGAUCACGAAUGCAACCUCCAAACUAGAGAUGAGCAGAGAUGAUGUACCACGAUUCUUGGUGAAAAGCUUAGGACAGGAAGAUUCAAAAGUAACACAGGAAGAAUGGACAGCAGAUCUCCAUGCAGUCUCCUUUCAUUCAUCUUCAUAUGACAUAGAAAUUCCACCAGCCUGGUCACCAAAUUGUCCUAAGCUCUCAACCUUGCUUCUUUCUCGGGCUUCCAUAAAAGAAAUCCCAGAUUCAUUCUUUCGGCACAUGUGUGGACUUAAAGUUUUGAAUCUAUCUCAGUGCUAUGGUAUAACAAAGCUGCCUAAUUCUGUUUCAGACUUGCUCAAGCAAUUGAGGGAAUUGGAUCUAUCAUCGACAAAGAUUGAGGAUUUACCUGAAGGUUGGGAGUCAUUGGUCAACCUCGAAAGGCUUAACUUGGAUGAGUGUUGGGCCGUAAGACAAAAGAUAAUACCAAAAGGGACAUUUUCCCAAUUUCACCGUCUUCAAUGGUUAUUAUUGCCACCCUAUGGUAGGGUACAAGUUAAUGAUCCAGAAGUGUUGAACCAAUUAGAAAGUUUUAAAGGAUGUUUGUCUUUUACGGACUUCUAUAAAAUUAUUCGGUGGCCAAAAUACUUUUAUGUUUAUGUCAAUGACAGGUUAACUGAGGGUCCGUUUUAUGAUUAUGAGGACCAGAAACAGCAUUUCCAUCAGUGUAAGCUUGGUAGAGGAUCCAACAAUCUGCCAGAUAAUAUCAAAAUUCUGAUGAUCGACGACUGUGAGGGCAUGGGCAUUAGGUGCUUGUCAGACGUUUUUAGGAAUUUUAUAAAUUUAAGCCACUUAUCUGAAUUGUUUAUUGAGGAUUUGGUUGGAAUAGAGUUCCUCUGGCAAUUGUCCUCUGCUUCUCCACGUGAUCAGUUGGAAGUCUCGUCUUUUAGUCCACUCCGUGAUCUCGAAUUGCUACACCUCUCCUGGUUGCCAAAUCUGGUUGGUCUUUUCUACGGAGAGUCAGAACCAUCAUAUUUGCUUCCAGCUGGCACCUUUUCUUCACUUAAAAUAUUGGAGAUUUCUGAAUGUCACAACAUGAAGCAGCUAUUCACGGUGCAGCUGCUGCAGAACCUUCAAAAUCUUGAAAUAUUAGAAGUUAAUGAUUGUGAAGGACUGGAGGAGAUAGCAGCAGAUGGCAAUGGAGUAGGACAAGGAGGAGGAGAAGGCAUCCAAUUGACUUCAAGUGAAGCCACCACCGCUGUCAUCCUUCCAAAAUUAAAGUCGUUGGGUCUGGGUAGCCUGCCACAACUGAAGAGCAUUUGCAAGAGAGCCAUGAUCUGCGAAUCAAUCCGAUCCAUUAAUAUAGCACAUUGUCCAAAUUUAAAGAGGCUGCCUUCGUUUCUUCCUACCAUCAACGGACCACCAUAUUUGCUUCCAGCUGGCACCUUUUCUUCCCUUAAAAAAUUGAGCAUUUCUGGAUGUCACAACAUGAAGCAGCUCUUCACAGUACAGUUGCUGCAGAACCUUCAAAAUCUUGAGGCAUUAGAUGUUGAAGAUUGUGGGGGACUGAAGGAGAUAGCAGCAGAUGGCAACAGAGCAGGACAAGGAGGAGGAGAAGGCAUCCAAUUGACUUCACAUGAAGGAGCCAUUACCAUGAUCAACCUUCCAAAUUUAAGUUGCUUGAGUCUGGAUGGGCUGCCACAACUGAAGAACAUUUGCAAGGCAGCCAUGAUCUGCGAUUCAAUUGAGAAUAUUAAAAUAUUUAAUUGUCCAAAUUUAAAGGCUGCCUUCGUUUCUUCCUACCAUCAACGGACCACCAUAUUUGCUUCCAGCUGGCACCUUUUCUUCCCUUAA